AUGGAAAGGACAAAUUACCAAUUGGAUACGGACGCUUCAGCGCCAGAUAUCAACGAUAUUAUGAAGGACGGAUUAAAUUUCAAAGACGACGCUAGUGCGAUAGGCAAGAUACCAGGGACGAAGAAUAAAGAGACUGAGGAAAAAGGUGACAAAGGUGAAAACGAAACGCAGGGGGCCAGAAGACGGAAACAUAAAAACUCGAAAAAUGGAUGUCCUAAUUGUAAAAAAAGACGGGUGAAAUGUUCAGAGACUUUACCGGCAUGCUCCAACUGUGUUAGGCGUAAAGUGAGAUGUGGAUACCUAGACUAUACAGAAGAGCAGCUCAAGGACCUCACACAGUCGAAAUUUGUCUUGGAGCAGGUCGACGAUCUUAGAGGCGAUCAAGGUAAAAGAGAAGAUGAGUCGAGGAAUUCAUCUCUUAGGUCGAGCGAAACGCAAUACCCGUCACCAUCGUCAUUAAACGCAUUAAAAACGUCGAAUUCGUUUCCCAUGGGUCAAGGUGGAGCGAUCGACCAAAUCUCAGAUACUACAUAUAACCAUGGCUUUAGGUGGGACGACCAUUUAGCCGGUGGUUAUGAUAUGGGUGUGAAUAAUGUAUUGAAUUUUCAGGGUAAUUUAACAUUCACUGAGGGCGAUAAUCUUGUGAGUUCAUCAGAGUAUCCUGUCAUUUAUCCCGUGUAUUCAAUUAAGAACCCAAAUCCACAUGGGUCUCGUAUACCAGGCGAGACGGAUCUUCAUAACAUGAACCCUUCUUUCAGACCUUCAAGGGACGUAUUUAAUAGCGGAGCAUUCAGCUCUAAUAAACUGCCGGUUCUGUGGAAUGACUCAGUUAUUUCGCCACAUACUUCAGACUAUUUUGAGACUUCUGGCAGUCUGAUACAUAGUCAUGAAAAGGCAUUACCAGGAGCAAUUGAAAAACCCACAACCUUCAAGAGGAUAGACAUGCCUAACAUUAAUUACAACCAAUUAAUACAUGAUUUAAUGUUAAAGUUUGGUCCUCAACUAGCAACAGGUACUUGUUCUUUAGAAGAUAAUAGAUAUUUGUACUCCAUUUGGUUGCAUUCAUUUAUUCAUUAUUCUUUUACACAAAAAUUGAUGUUUGGCUGCAUGAUAAAUUUCACUACCAACUAUUUGAUUUCUAAUUGCUGGAUGCCACAAUACAUAUCAGGCGGUUUCACAGCAUUGAUUGAUAGGACAAAAGUGCGAAAUCUUUUAAUAUCUAGUUCUAUAAGGCACUAUGCAAUGGCUAUUAAAGAAUUGCGAGUCUACUUGAAUAAAGACACUGAUCCUUUGGUGUGUUCCUCAGCAUCUUUUGUUUUAAGUUUAACAUCAAUCUAUGAUCCGUCUGCAACUUUAAGAUCUAUGAAUUGUUUCAGAGACGGACUUUUCAGCAUAUUACAACACAAUGUGGCAUAUGUCACUCAAAAUGGCGAGCCGCUUCCAUUUAUGCUAAUGAUGCAUUUAGAAGUGCUGAAAAACAUUGUGAGAUCAGUUUAUUUACCUGCCUACAACCCGACCUUCUUACACGAAUAUCGCUCAAUGUUGAAGUCCUUCGGGAAUUUAUUGAGUAUACUAGGGAAUUCAUCAACUGAUGCCGCCUUGGAUACUAAUGAUAUAGAUACUCAGAAGUUUAUUGAAGCAAAAUUUUCUGAUUUGAUAGUUUUCACGAACGAGACUAUUGAUACCUUCCUUCCUACGAUUAAUAAUAAUUUGGGGAAUCUAGAUAUCCAACAGCAAGCGCUAUUUGAUAUAUUGCAUAAAUGGGUAAGAAUAUUUCCAGCGAAAUGUAUGUUUAUUUCAAAUGAAAAUGAUCCAGUUGAAAAUAUAUUGUAUUUCUUCUACAAGUGCCUCAAAAAAGCAUUAUAUGCGGUCUUUCCUCAGGUUAAGUACUUUUUUGUUAGAGAGUUUGAUAGCCCAGUAACAGUGGAUAUCAGUGUUCCUGAGGAAGAUUUUGAAAUAUAUCUGAAAGGUAUCGAAAAUCCGGAGACUUGUUGCUACUCUCUCCAAUCAUAUAACCAAGUCAAGGACCAAUUAAAAGUUUUGAGUAGUUACUCAAUUAGGGUUAAUAUAUUUUUACAGAAACGGAUGGAAAUUCUCAAUAGGACGGUAAUUUUUGACUGGUCAAUUAAAGAGGCGUUCCCUAUUGAUGAUAUAAAAUGCUUUAGAAAUAGUGUAACAGAUAUUGCAAAACUACGGAAUGAUUUCAAACUGAGUGUACAAAUUCAUGAAUUACCAAUAUCUUCUUUCGCAACCACGUUCAUUAAGCCUGAACAUUACCCGAGACGCUAUGAGUAUGUCAUUAACGAAAUGAAUAAUAACGAAUUUAGGGAAGAAGUUGAUUUACUCACAUUGACAAAUAAUGGUUUGUUAGUCAAUGAUUAUGAAGCACAAUAA